GGGUUUCGAUGGAUUCUCGGCGAUGGGAUUCUGGUGCGGUGAAGAAGGGGAUGUGUGGGUUGGAUCUAUUGAAGGAUUAUGGAGAAACGAACGGGCGAUUCCAGCGAAUUUUUCGGUUGAUGAAGAUGGUAUUGGAAAUCGUUUCCCUUGGAAAAUUGAGGAGAUAUGGAAGCUUAAUAAAUCAGAUCUCGAUUUCAAUCAUCUUCAAGAUGAAAUCGCGCAAAUCACAAGUGGGCUGGGAUUCAAUAAGGAAUAUUCUCUCCUGUUGUCAUACCAUUCAUAUUUGUCUGACAACCCUGACGUGAAGAAUGGCGAGUCCACUCGCAAAAGGCUGAAGAUUUCAGUCCCACACUUUGACAACUCGGAGCUGAUCAAAACAUUUUCCAAAACGUUGAUCACGAAUCUCCCAAAGAUAUGGAAGUUGGAGGAUCGUGUAGUAGGAACGGAUUUGGGUUUUGCGAAAUUCCAAUUCGUUUUUUGAGAAGGUGGAUGGAGUUCUAAACAUUAUCCGUCGGAGAUUCCCUUCUGGAUCCGGGUCGUGGGUGUUCCGGUGGAGUUCACAUCGGAACCUACAAGUAUGAGAGUAUUGGUAAUGCCAUAGGAAGAACGGUGGCGGUGGAUGUGGAGCACUCACGCGUUCAAGUGGUGGUGGACGCCUUCCAGGAACUCUGUUUUGAAACUUAGGUGGACUUCACAGGCGGCGGGGAGUUCUAUGAGAGCGAGGAAGCUCCGGUCUCAUUGCGUUACGAGAAAUUAUUAGGUUAUUGCCAUAUCUGCUCUAGUUUAUGUCACAAGGAUAAGGUGUGUCCUCUAGAUGUGAAGAAUUCUAAAAGGGCUCGAAGCUACAAAGGGGUGGUUAUUAAUGGAGCGGGGAGAGAUAGAGAGAAUCGGGAUUAUCACGGGAAAGGGAAAGGCAAAAUGUUUGAAGAAGUUGAAUCUAAGUCGGUGAAGACGGCAGAGAUAGGUCAUAAGAGAAACUCCACUUAUCGUGGAAACUACCGGGGAGAUGGAGAAGUGUCACACUAUAGAAAUACUAGAAGGGAGGAGCCAAGGCAUGAUGCUCAUGAGAGGCGCACUAGGGAACAAUCAAGGGUUCAAGAUGAUCAGAAGGUGCCACGGGAAGAGGCCAAGGAGGAAGGGGAGAUCAAAGAUGCUGGACAAGGGGAGGUAAAGUUGAUGGAGGAGGAUCUCAUGGAUCAACCAUCUCAGAAGUUUCAAGAAGAAUUGGCCAAAACGAUUGCUGCGGGCGCAGAGAUUGUAUCGAAUUCUACUGAUACAGAGAAGAGGUUACAAGAGGCCCAAGGGUUAUUAGAGGAAAAGAUGGAGUCUCCAGAGGAUGAAGAAAACCUAAUGGGAAUGGAUGAAAUAAAGGCUCUCAUUAACUGGAACAUGGGAUUGACAUGGAUGCAGCUGAUGACUUGCCGGACUUGUCAGAUGUGGAAACUGUGGAAGCGCUCAUGGCAUAUGACGAGGAUGCGCAGCCACAAGAGGAGGAGGUACAGCUUCUGACGGGUGAUGGAGAUGACGCAGCUGUUGCAGACUUGGAGAAGAACAAGACUACUCGCAAGAGGUUGUUUAAACCAGCUGCAAAUACCGCAGGAAGCACGAAGAUGAGGAGUGCCUCAGCUCUGGUUUCCCCGCGCAAGAGAGCUGCAACAAAGACAAGCCACCGUGGUGAUAAUAACAAACAACAGGAGAGUAAGGGUACUUCAUUCCCGAAAUCUGGCAAUCAAAAAGCUUAGUUUAUGGAUCAAGUCUCUUUAAUACCUGGAUCAAGGAGUUAUGAGUUGGGGGUAGUUUUAUGUUCAAUAAGCUCUAUGAGCGUUUGUUUCUUUACGGGUUUUAUGGGUGUUGUUUCUGUUGCUUUCUCAGGGAAGGUUUGUGUUUGGCUUUUGCAUUGGCAGUCUAUGAAAAUUUUAAUGUUUUGGUUGUUGAGAUCAUGUCAGUCUCUUAUUACUAAUUUUGGCAUAUUGGAGCGUGGUUGGUAUGUAAUGAUUUCUGGGAACAUGGGGCUUUAUUCGAGACCAUGGUACAUAUAUGUAAUAUCAGUCAGGUUGCAGCACAUACUGCAUUUGGUCUCAUUAAACCAAAUGCAGAUUCAAUUAAGAAGGAGGGUAUUGAAACGGAUAUCUAUGUUGGGGAGUAACACGUUCGAGAAGGAAGCUGGUGAGGGGCUCUUACGGAGACUCAGAGAUAAUAGGAACGAACGGUUUCGAAAGGGCGUGAGGAUAUGGAUUGUUAUACUUUUGGCACUGAUCCUACGUUAUAAUAAUAAUGGAGAUGUCUUAGAUUGGGAUGAGAUAACAACAGGUUUUUUGUACGUUGAUAUAGUGGUAGUCUUAUGAGCAGGUAUUAUAAAUUAUUUGUGGGUCUCUAGGCUUAUAUUGGUAAAGUAUCGGGAUUUGGUUCUACAAAUCGGUUGUGGGAUAGGGAUGUGUACUGAGUUUUUGGAGCAAAUACAUAAUUCAUUAAUAUGUUGUAACAUAAAGUAUUAUUCAAUUUAAAGAUAUAUGUUAUGGUU